UAACUCACCUACUACUAUCCAGGAAAAAAAAAAAAAAAACCAGCUUUUUGUACUUGUUCAUUCAAGUGAAGAUUCAAAUUCUCUCCAUAAACAUCAAUCUCUCUCUCUCUCUCUCUCUCUCUCUCUCUCUCUCUGAACAAUGAUGGCUGGUUGCAAGAAAACCACAUCAAUUCUACAGCAAUCCUCAUACAGCUCUCUCUAUGUCGAUCCCCUCACAUACCAGAAACACAGCCGCAGCCACAGCCAAGGCAUCGCCUUCAUCUCCAAGAUGGACAAUUCGGAGCCGAACCCAUCAGCCUUAAACGUCAACAAAGAGAACGCAAUGCCCAAGAAGCCACAGAAGGCCGUGCCCGACAGCGACAAGGAGAAUUUGGUCGCACAUGAACAUGGGUCUUCCUCUUUUGCGAUGCAGCCAUUGAAGCAGAGGAACUUGAAGUCUCUGUCCACUGGCUGCAGGGCCCUGAAGCCCUCAUCGCUUCAGUUCUGUAUGCAGGCGAACGAGCAGGAGAAGGCACUCUUCGGUGGGUCCACAAUGCAGGACCCGCCCAGUAAUGGGUCCGACAACUCGAGCUCUUUGAACAUCUGGGACUACUCCGACUCUGAGGCUGCCCCUGCCUCCUCUUGGUCUACACUGCCUAACAAGUCAUUGCUUUGCAGGCCAUUGCCAAUGGAUGUGGGAAGAUGCACAUGUGUGAUAGUGAAGGAAGCAACCCCGGAAGCAAUAGAUGGGGGUACUCUCUAUUCUCUUUAUACCAAUGAAGGCAAGGGAAGGCAGGACCGGAAACUAGCUAUUGCUCACCAUAAGCGGCGGAAUGGGAAAUCUGAGUUGACAAUUGCUCAGAAUGUGAAGGGAAUACUGUCUCAUUCGGAUGAUAGUUUUAUUGGUAUUGUAAAUGCUAACCUCAUGGGUUCAAAAUACCACAUAUGGGAUCAGGGUGGUCGUCCCAAUUCCUUGAGCAAAGAGGCUAAAUCACUUGCCGUUGUAGCGUUCACGCCAACAAUCUCGAGCUGGACAGGAAGUUACAGACGUAUAAGGGCAUAUAUACCCAAGCACCAAUCCAUGCAGUUAAAGAACACAACGCAGGUACAACACAUUGAGGGACUCCCAAAGGACUGGGAAGGGAAGCUUGACAAAGUUCAUCAGCUAUCCUCAAGGGUUCCCCAUUACAAUAAAAUUUCAAAGCAGUAUGAGCUAGAUUUCAGAGACAGGGGAAGAGCGGGUCUUAGAAUCCAAAGUUCAGUCAAGAAUUUCCAACUGACACUGGAGGAGAACGGAAAGCAGGCAAUUCUGCAGCUCGGAAGGGUUGGAAAAUCAAAGUAUGUGAUGGAUUACAGAUAUCCUUUGACAGGCUACCAAGCGUUUUGCAUAUGCUUGGCUUCUAUUGAUUCAAAGCUUUGUUGCACUGUCUAGAGCAAAAUUAUCUGCCACUGCGUUUUGUAGUUCAACCUCUGAAAAGAACACAAGCUUUUGAGUUUUAAUAGGUACACAUGAGUAACCGAAGGCAGUUGAUCAAAGGGACUGAAUUUGUUGUGCAAUCUUGAUAAGAUGUUAGUGUGCAAGUGCAAAUUAAGUGCGGUUUUUAUCACACAUACUCCUUGAAAUUGAUCUAACUCAUCAGUUUGGUCUCUCAAUUUGAAAA